AUGAUUAAUGAAUAAUACUUAAUAAAGAAGAAAAUUUCUUAAGGGUCAUUUGGUGUGGUGUACGUGGGAUAGGAUGUUUAAUCUAAUUAGUAUGUGGCAAUAAAGAUAGAAAAGAAUGACUAGGGAUCCAGUUUGGAGAAGGAAGCAAAAAUUCUAUAGCAUUUGAAUGGGACUCUCAAUAUUCCUAGACUUUACUAUUUCGGAGAGCACAAGAAAUAAAUGCUAAUGGUAAUAAGUUUCUUGGGAAAAGAUCUUACUUAUUAUAUAAGACAAUAUAAAAAGUUUUCCCUGAAAUGUGUCCUACUAAUUGCAGAGUAGAUGCUGAGUAUUCUGGAGAAUAUCCAUCUGAAAUCUGUCUUGCAUAGAGACCUCAAACCAGAGAAUAUAUUAACUGGGAGAGAUAACGAUUCGAAUUUAUACUUAGUGGAUUUCGGAAUUAGCAAGUUCUACCGAGACAAGAAAGGCAGACACAUCAACUUUUCUGAAAAUAAGCCAUUUCUGGGGACAUCUCGUUAUGCGAGUUUGGGCGCUCAUAAAGGACAAGAACUAAGCCGAAGAGACGAUUUGGAAUCUUUGGGAUAUGUAUUGAUCUACCUCUUGAAAGGUUAAGUCUUUUAUCUUGAUUUAGGAAGCCUACCUUGGCAAGUUUUAAAAUUAUAGGAUGAAUAGAAAAUUAAGGCUGUGGGCGAUAUGAAAAACACAAUCCCUCUUAAUGAGUUGUGCAGCGGUUUACCCAAUGAAUUUGAGAGGAUGAUAGACUAUGCACGCAAGCUGGAUUUCCGAGCAACUCCAGAUUAUAAAUUCUUAAGACAAAUGUUUUAAAAAUUAGCUCAUUCACAAAACAUUCAAGAUCAAUUAAGAUAUGAUUGGGAUUACACUCCAUCAUCAUUAUAAGUGCCGAGUUCAGAAAUUGCAGUUUUGAAACGAUCCAGAAGAACUACAGAUUAGGAACCAUAAGAUUUAUUGUAAAAUAGAAAAAAACAAGCCUCAUCAAGUACUCUUAAUGGUGCAGAUGGGUUAUCUGGACAUAGUUUUCUUAAGACUCCUGAAUAGAAGUGUAGGAAGAUCUCUUUGACACCUGCAAAGUAAAAAAGUUAGUCCAGUUUUAACGAUUCCUUUAGUAGUUGCAAUUAAAGUGGAAAUUAGACUGUUAUUGGCAUGCCUAGUCAUCAAAAUAAUCUGUCCUAACUUUCUUUUUUUGAAGAUAAUAAUCUUCUGGCCUUGGCUUUAGAAAGCAUGAGCAAAGUUACAAAAGAACAAUUAAAUCAAGAAGAACAUGAAGAAAACAAUGGAGAAUUGAGUCCUUCCCCCUUAGAGGUUAAAUAUCUAAAACUCAAAAACUAAUCAGUUCAUGUUCAUUUUAAAAGAACUCUAUUAUAGCUAGAGUCUAUGAAUAUUCUUCCUCCUCAGUCUUCAUUUAAUUAAUGUUAGUGA